GAAAAGCCCAGCCGCAGAUCCCCUCCGCACACUCCAUCUCGACGCACCCAUGUCUCAACCUCAGCCCGCGACACUGCCCGAUACUGCCGCUCUCGGCCAUACAGCAGCGCCAUCCGAGGCGGGCUGCUUUGCUCUGCCACCCGAGGUUUGGAUGGCCAUCAUCGACCGCAUCGGGGCUCCCAGGCACCUGGUCGCCCUCGAAAGCACAUGCAAGUCUUUCCGCAGCGCAUAUCGGCGAUACAUCGACUGGCGCAUCUGGGUUUGGUUCCAGUCGCAGGUAUCUACGAAAGACGGCCGACCCGUCCAGCCAUAUGUUCUGGCUGCAAGGCACGGAUGCUUGCGGGUCCUUACGGCCUGGGUCGACAGCGAUCUCAAUCCCGAUUCGUCUCUGCCAACGCCGUCUCCAACCCCUGAGGAGCUUUUGGAUGCCCUGCGCUGGGCGUGCAGCAACAACAGCGUCCCCAUCGUCAAGAUCCUGCUGCAGAGCCCCCGCUUUGCCGCCAUCCAGGGCUAUCGAGAGCCAUCCGAGGCGCCCCACCCGGCUUCUGCCGCACUCGACUGUAAUCGGCCCGUUUCGAUCGCAGCGACAUUUGGCCACACCGAGAUUCUCAGGCUGCUGCUGUCUUCGCCAUGGUUUACCCUCGAUCGCAACAACCGGGCCGUCAUCAUGGCGUCGUACCACAACCAGGUGGAGACUCUUCAGACGCUGAUCGAGUAUGGUGCCAACAUCCACGUCAAAGACGACGAAGCAUUGGUGCGGGCCUGCGAACGAGGUAGUAUCGAAGUCGUCCGGGUCCUUGUCGAACACGGGGCAAACAUUGCCGCUCGGAAAGGCGAGGCUCUGAGGCUGGCCAAGAAGAACCGUCACUACCAAGUCAUCAGUUACCUCAAUCAAUGCUCUCCACAGCAGAAUGUCACCAGUCAGCUGCUAUCGUUUGUCACCGGCAUGGUGAGCGGCAACUCGACGGCCCAGAGCUAGGAAUCCGUCUGUGUUCUGGAGUGGAGUGCAUCUGGCCUGCGCUGGGGAAGGAGAACGGGGAUCGUACGGAUUCCAAAGGCCUGCGGUCUGGACAAGCACCUUCGUCAAGACAUGUGCGAACACACACGAGCAAGGACCAGCCGCUCGAAUAUGCAUAUCAAGCCGCAUUUGCAUGAGUUACUUUCGGUAUUCGGAAACGGAAGAGAGGCAUCUCGUUUGCCAGAGUUCUGGCCAUGCAUUGCAGACGAGCCUCGCUGUAUCUUGUCGACUGGUCCACAUUUUGGAUGGGAAUACACACCGUCCAUCAUCCCAUCUCAAUGCAGCCAGGGACACGUCGCGAUUUGCGGGUCGGCCAUGGUUCAUGUAUAUCAACCAUGGGAAUUGUGAAAUGCGACACCAUUGGGC